AUGGAGGACGUGGAAAAAGGCAACACCAACAUGAAGAAGAGCUCGAGUUUACAAGACGUGCUCGGCUCCAAGAAUAACUUGAAAGCGGAUUCAGUCUUUCGGUUCGAAGACGUGCGCUAUCGGGUGAAAACGAAAGACGGCGAGACGGAAAUCUUGCACGGGAUCGACGGGUGCGUUCGAUCGGGCGAAGUGCUCGCCAUCUUGGGGCCUUCGGGCGCCGGGAAAACGUGUUUGAUCGACGCGUUGACGAUGGAGAUGAAAGGGGGAGAUAACUACGGGAAAGUGACUUUGAACGGUCAAGAUUUGACUCGCGAUGUUUUUACGCGAAAUUGCGCGUCGAUGACGCAACAGGAUAACCACUGGGCGUUUUUGACGUGCCGAGAGACGCUCGAUUACGCCGCGGAUUUGUGCGUCAACGAUACCGAGGAACAGAAGAGAGCGAGGAUUGACGCUAUUUUGAGCACGGUCGGUUUGAACGAUUGCGCGGACACGAAAGUUGGCAACCAGUUCUUGAAAGGUUUGUCUGGUGGACAAAAGAGACGCUUGUCCUUGGCGGUGAGUUUGUUGACCGAUCCGAAGGUUUUGUUCUUGGACGAACCGACUUCGGGGUUAGACGCGGCUGCCGCGGCGGCGAUUAUGUCGUUUUUGAAAGAACUCGCGCAAGCGACGAACAUCGCAAUCGUGUGUACCAUUCACCAACCGUCUACGGCUGUUUUCAACGGUUUCGAUCGCGUCAUGUUGUUAUCGAGCGGGAGAGUCGCGUAUUUGGGCACCUCCAAGGACGUCUUGCCGUACUUUGAAAAGAUCGGACACAAGAUGCCGGCGAAUACCAACCCGGCAGAAUACAUGCUCGAUUUAGUCAACCGAGAGUUCACGGACCCGAAACAAGUCGACGACAUCCUCGAUAGGUACGAGAAAUCGUACACUGGGUUACCGUGUGGGAGUUACGAGGACGAUUUGAAGGAAACCGGCGGCGUCCCGAACAAUGAACAUUUGGGCAACUCCACGCUCGCCGAGACGAUGACUUUGUUUCGCCGACACGGUUUGUUGGUCUUUAGAGAUCCGACUUUGUACGUCGCGAGAGCCGUCAUGUUCUUGAACGCGUGCAUCUUCUUUGGCAUCAUUUACAUCAAGUCCAGAGAGAGAGAGCAAGACCAAGUCUUUUCUAGAAUGUGGCUUCUCGUUUGGCACAUCGGCGUGCCAACCUCCUUGGGCGUCGUCGCGGUGUUUAGUUACAACGAAGAAUUUGCGGCGAUGAAACGUGAAAUUAAGAAUGGCAUGUUGAGACCGUUUUCUUAUCUCUUCUCGAACGCGUUGAUUCAGCUUCCGUUGAUGCUCUUCUUGGGCGUGUGCGCGGUUUCGGUUUCCGGAUAUGGCAUGGCCGAUUGGUACGCGCCGCAUUACAUCCAAGUCUUGUUGGUGUACGCGUUGAUGUUGUGGGCGUACGAAGCUGCCGCGCAAGUCUUUUCCAUUUGUUUCACUAACCCGUUGAUUGGUAUGCUCGUUUACAUGAACUUAUGGUUCGGCGGUUUCCUUUUCAACGGUAUCCUCAUCGACGAAAAGGACGUCGUGUGGCCGUUCAGGGCGUUUACGUACGUGAACAUCAUGAAGUGGGCGUUGAGAGCGAUCGUGUAUUUGGAAUACUCCGACGCCACUUUUAACGCGUGCACUGAAUCCGAUUUGUUGUGCUUCUCCAACUCCGCCGAAACUAUGCUCGGCACGGGUAUGAAAGUUCCCGGGUCGGAAGUUUUGGAUUCCAUGGGCAAAACGUACCGAUUGUAUUCGAACGAAGACACGGUUGCGUUUGACGCCAUGAUGGUGUUAGUCAUCGGUAUGGGCUUUAAAUUGUGGUACUUCUACUUGUUCUACACGAAGACGAGAAAAGUGAAAGAGAUUUUACCCCCGAUUGGAGACGUUGCGAAGUAA